GAUUUUCUUUGGAUGUGCUUUGGAUAUGGCCGCUGUAUCGGCAAUACAACAUCUGCAAUGUUUUGUAAAUUCAUUUUUAUAAAAUGAAUGAAGUGUUUUUUACUUUAAUGUAGUGAUUAGUGGACUGUGCAUAGUUCUGUGAUAAUUGUAAUGGAUGCAGAGAGCGAGUACGAAAUAAAGAGGGCUCGUGAUGCAAUUCAAACGAUAGAGACUAUCCAGUCUAUGAUAGACGUUUCAGCAGAUAUUCUCGAGGGUUUGAGGACACAAUGUUCAACGAGCGCGGAGCUUACACAGCAGGAAAUCCGGACCCUGGAGGGCAAGCUGGUGAAACACUUCUCACGCCAGCUGUUCAUAAAGGCCCGGUUCGGUGAGGAGUUGCAGCGCGAGCUGCGUCAUGUGCCGUGUCUCGCGCAGUGGCUGAAAGUCGUGGGCCUCAGUCUGGAGGCGAUUGAGGCGGUAUGUUCGCGCGUGUGUUCGCUGGAGGAACUGCGCGAGCGAUCCGACCAUGAGCUGCGCGCGUUACUGGCGGGCGCGCGCGACGAGGAGGUGCGCCGCCUGUGCCGCGCCAUGCACCGCCUCACCACCUACACCGAGGCUCUGGCUCGUGGCGAAGGCGGGGCAGAUCUCCAGCUGUUCUGGGAUUCGUGGGAGCGACACUCGCAUACGCGCAACUCUCCCCGCCCGCGACCUCGGCGAGUCAACGACGCGGACUCGCAGCACUCCACGCCGCAGGGGAGGAGAGGUGGCAAAUCUCCCACGACGCCUGUGGGUAAACGCAAGCAGAACUCCAGUCUGCCGGCGCCCGCAGCUCUCACCAAGUCGCGAUCGCACGAGUCACAGCUGUCCGUCAGACCGGACGCUUCCGACCUCAGCGAUAACAGCCAGUCGUCAGCGUUGGGUGGAGGGGAGAACUCCCCUCCCGCCUCCCCGCGUCUCCCCGAGCCCGACUCCACGCCCUCCCAUCGCCCGCACUGCAAUAAUAACGUGGCGGCAAUAGGCGCUCCCCGUUCCCCUCGAACGCCGACUGUAAGCCGUUGUAUGGCGCACGAUAUCGCGCACCGCUUCACCAAGACCUUCAACAUGAUCGCCACCUGCGACUACUGCGACAAGCAGAUGCUGUUCGGCUCCGGGCUCAAGUGCAAGGAGUGCAAGUUCAAGUGCCACAGAGACUGUGAGAGUAAAGUUCCUCCGUCGUGCGGCCUACCUCCUGAAUUCGUGGUUGCAUUCAAAGAAACGUUUCACAAGGAAUCACCCGGUUCCGGCGGGUACUACGGCUGCGCGUCCCCGGUGCAGUCGAGGGGAGGGGGCGGGGGAGGGUCCCUCACCGGGGGAGGGUCCUUCCUCGCCUCCCUCACUCACCGUCCCCGGUGGAGAGGCGCUCCCCCUUCACACCACCACAACGGCGCCAACCCCUCACCCCGUGGCAACCACGGGCCAGAUUCUUCCUCCAACACUUCUUCGUGCAACAGUUCCACCCCAUCCUCCCCGGCGUUGGCGGCUUCCACUGCGCCCCAACAGCCCCAACAACACCACCACACCCACCAACACCAUCAACACAACAACCCUCUGCAGCCGCACCACAAGCAGCAGUUUCACUUCCCAGAAGUGAAACCUCCUGUUUCGAGUCCGAACCAUACGUCGUCGGUGCAGUCUCCCGCGCGGGUAUCGCAGGACAGCAAAGACGAGCUCACCUCCAGUGUUAAAAGUGCAGACAGUUCCCGUUGCGUGUCGCUCAGCGGGUCUGGCUCGACGGACAGCGGCGGGCCGCAGCGAGCCGACUCCUUGGACCGAGCCAAUAAACAGGACUCAAGGUGGCCGAGGCAGAAUAGCUUAUCGAUGAAGGAGUGGGACAUCCCUUACGACGAGCUGAAGCUGUCGGAAGUGAUCGGCAAAGGUCGGUUCGGCACCGUGUACCGGGGAAGCUGGCACGGCGCCGUCGCCGUCAAACUGUUGCACGUGCAUUCGCUGGGAGAUGACUGUGUGCCGCUCGACACCUUCAAGCAUGAGGUGGCGACGUUCCGCAAGACCCGUCACGAGAACCUGGUACUGUUCAUGGGCGCGUGCAUGAAACCGCCGCGUCUGGCCAUCGUCACUUCCUUGUGCAAGGGCAUGACGCUAUAUACCCACAUCCAUUUACGCAAGGACAAAUUCACCGCCAACAAAAGUGUGCUGGUCGCGCAGCAGAUCUCACAGGGUAUGGGGUACCUGCACGCGCGCGGCAUAAUCCACAAGGAUCUCAAGACUAAGAACAUAUUCUUGGAGAACGGCAAGGUGGUCAUCACUGACUUCGGCCUCUUCAGCGUCACCAAGCUGUGCUUCGGUAACAAUGCCCGGGGAGACAGCCUGGGCAUCCCGGCGGGCUGGCUAUGUUACCUGGCGCCCGAACUGGUACGCGCGCUGAGGCCGCACGCCUCGCUGCACCUGCCCUUCUCUAAGGCCACGGACGUGUACGCGUUCGGCACGGUAUGGUACGAGCUGCUGUGCGGCGAGUUCCCGUUCAAGGGCCAACCUCCCGAGGCCAUCAUCUGGCAGGUGGGCCGCGGGGUGAAGCAAUCCUUGGCUAACAUGCAGGCCUCCAGGGACAUCAAGGAUAUCCUGAUGUUGUGUUGGGCGUAUCGAUCGAGCGAGCGGCCCGACUUCCCCCGACUGCUGAGCACGUUACAGAAACUGCCACGCAAGAGACUAGCGCGCUCUCCCUCGCACCCCGUACACCUGUCCCGCUCCGCCGACUCGGUGUUCUGAGGGCGGUUCGGCCUCGCGUUCUCCGCGCACCUGCGAGCGACUAGCGCCCUCUCACUCGCGCCGCAUACGCUUGUCGCACUCUUGCACAGCACUCUGCAGAACCUGUGAGAAAUCGAACGCGAAGUAAGACAGAACAACUGCACUGCGUAAGUGUUAAAGACUUUGUUUGAUCAGCCAAACGGUUGGGAAUCGUCCGGAUGGAGAAGUAACGAUGUCUCCCGACAAACGAACGUGAACUUUCCGUUCUGGAAAUUGUAUGCGUGGCUUUUUAAUAUCGUUGAGAGGGGCUCGUGAUCACUUUCGCUGGCAAGGGGAUUGUAGUUCUCAGUCACAGCCAUCUGCAAAACCUGUGAGAGAUCGUGCAACCUCUGAACGCGGAGUGAGACAGAACAAGACGGCACUGCAACUCUGUUACCAGCCCUGGCCUUGCCAGGUGGUCGGGAAUUGCCUGGAUCCUCUCGCCAUUUCAUGUGUUGUCCAGGCUCCCGACAAACUAACAUGAACGAUACGUGGGUUUUUAAUAUCGUUGCGAGGGGCUCAUGAACUAUCCCUUAGUGUCACUUUAGCCAGCGUGGGGGGAAAGGGGGUAUAAUUCUCCCGAUCCCCUGUCGCGCUCUUAAACAGUACCCUGUAAAACUAGCAAAAAAACAGACUGUUGUCAUGUUUACAAAUAGCAAAUACGAAUAGCCAAGUGCCUGCAUGAGAGUUUGCGCAUAAGGCUACAGUUAGCUAGCUCUCCCUCCCACCUGUUACACCUGUCCUGCUUUUCCAAUAAUUAUAGUUUGAAACGUCUAAGUUCUUGUACGAAAUAUUUGUUUUUCUCCAUGUUCGAUAAUUAUACUGCGUAUAAAUCUACUAAAAAGUGGUGUCUUGUUGCGACCGUCUCAUAUCGUUACGAGUUUAUUGCACUAAAAUAUGCAAGUCAAUUCUGUAUUGUAGUCGCGGGGCGGUGAAAUAUAAUCAGAGCAUUCGAAUUUAAUACUCUAUUUAUAAUUAAUUAGAUACGGCUCAGGUGUCCUAGUCAUCUCGUUUUCUUCAUUCGGACUUAUGGUGUACACCCUGGCAAACUUGAGCAUCGACCAUAGACAAGGGAGCCUGUAAUUUUAGUCUGUGGUUUUGCUCAAGAAAUUUGCCGCUUCCUAUAUGUUCGUUUUAUCCUGGUUUCAUUACGACGCACUAUAACAGUGCAAGAUCAAAUAUGAACGAAAUCCAAUUUUGAAUUUGUCACUAUACUGAAGUUAUAGUGGCUGAAAUAUCAAAAUUUGCUGAGACAUCAUGGGGGGCAAAUAUUGACAGCACAUCUCUUUUCUUCCUAUCUUAUUAUUCAAGUUUUUUCUCACCAAAAACUGACAGUAUUGUUGCCCCAUCGUGUACAAUCAUAAUUUUGUAAAAUAAUAUUUUAUAUUUUGAAAUUAGCAGUUUCUCCCUUACCAUCGUUACUUAGCGUAACAAUUAAUAAAAAAAAAACUAUAUUAAAAUAAAAACGACUUAUAAUUUUGUUCAUAAUUAUAUUGUGUAGGUAAUAAACUACUAUUGUAAGUAAAAAACUUUGAUCUCUGAGUAACCGAUAUAGAUUAAAUUAUAUUUUCGUAUUUAAAAAGGAUAAAAUGUGAAAAGUUGACUGCUUUGUUGAUAAUGUAAAUUUUGUACAGUGUUACGAAUUUUUGCUGUGAUUGCAUCUUUGGUUGCACUGAACUUUGUUUGAACGGGGGUCACAAACUGUAUAUAUUGUGUAAAGAGAUUUUUUAAAUAUUUUUUGUCUCCUUAUUUCUUGUUCACAUGUUACAAGCAGUACCCUAAGCACGGACCAUUAUCGAAUUCGAAUAGUUUGCGAGUCCAAAAUGUCAUUUAUUUAUUUAAUUCUAGACCAAAAUCCACAGCAUUUUCUUAAUAUAAUACAGGUUUUACAUCUUAAUGCCAAUUACGGAUUUUCAUUUUUUAGUUAUAGCAUAAUAGUUUAUAAAACCCUCUACCAAACAAGGGCGAGAUGUGUGCAAUGCGCGCGCGCCAUUUAUGUGUGUGUGUAUGUGUGUGCGUGUGUGUGUGUGUAUGUGUCAUUGUCACAUUUUAUAUGGAAACUUGAACAGCAGCGCCACAAAGGACGUAACGAAAACUAAAAAUUAGUACACAUUUGACACUGACUUUUCGUACUCGCAAACUAUUCGAAUUCGAUAAUGGUUCGUGCUAGGGGUACAGGAUUGAUAUAAGUGAAGUAAAAAGCUAUUUAAGUUUGUAUGUAGUUUAAUAAAAAAAAAACAUCACAAAGCUCAGUGCAUAUCAAUAUUUAAAAAGUCUAGUAAUAAGUCAAAAGUUGACAUUUUAAUAUCUACUAUUACAGUAACAUUAUUUCUGUAUUGAAAUUGUAUCGAUUUUAAUUAAAUUAAAACUUUCAAUGACCAAUAAGAUUGAGUUAUGUCUACACAAACAACAUCUUCGCCUACUUUAAUAUCACAGUGGAGUAUUUUGUAAAUAUAUAUUUUAAAAAAUAACAUUCCUUCUGUAGGUUGUUGAAGUUUUUGAACUUUGAUAAUGAAUAUAUUAAAACUGUAAGUAUGUACUGUAAAUUUGUUUGUAUACUUUUUAAAGUUACCACUUUCUAUAAUUAUGAAUUUCUAAAGAGGCUUAAAUAUUAGAUCUAGGCUGGUUAAAAACGCAAGCAUUGUUUAUUUAUUUGGUAUGACUCUUCAGCUAUUAAAUACACUGGACGGAGAAAAAUCGGGCCACUUUCGUGGAAUUCCCAUUUAAUUUUCUCAAAAAAUUAAAACCUGCCACC